CAAAUAUUGUGUCACAAAAUAAUGAACUGUUUGGUACACACACAGCAGAACGGGGCGUUGUUAUAAAGGCUCACGCGGGCGGCUAUCGCCCUAUAUAAUCUUUGCAGUUCACACGGGACGCAACGCCUCAUACUAACGGACUAACUGAAUUACGAUACAAUUACUGUUUGAAAUCCUUUCAUAAUUAGGAAGUGUUUUGUAAAGGUUCCACAACAAGCUGCAAUUUAUAUUUUUUGGAUUUAUUGAGUUUAGUUGUGUGAUGCCUGAAGCUCGAUGAUGUAUACCUCAGUCCUACUGGUUUUGUUCGCCUUCGCGACGGUAUUCGCCGCUCCUGCUCUAUAUAACGAUUAUGAACGAUUACCGCAAAAGCGAGCUGCUCUAGUUCUAGACCGGCUGCUAGUGGCACUUCAAAAGGCUUUGCACGAAGAAAAUGUAGCACCUCGGUACGAUAGAACUGAAUACGAAGGUCCGAGAACUGCGCCUUUACGAAUACCCAUGGAUGAUUCUGAUAUGAGUGCUUUGGAGCGUCGGGGCCAGUCUAAUAACAACAGGGGGCGAGUUCUCCGAUGUUUCUUCAACGCAGUCACGUGCUUCUAACAAAUAUGUCAUUUGCGCACUAAGUAGUAUAUUAAAAUUAAAUAAUCAUAGAUAAUUACAGCGAACAUAUAUUCUAUUCUAUGUAUCGCUAAUAUAUGUAUGUUUCGGUAAAUUGCUGCGUUCGAUCACAGAUUCUACCCUUGUUUUAGGUUUUCAAUUAUAUUAAGAUACUUCGUGUAUGAAUGAAGAAAAUUAAACAAAGAAAUUACUAUUAUAAUAGAAAUUAAGAUUCUUUGAAUAUAGAAUAAUUACGAACCUUAUCUCCAUUUGGAAGCUAACUGUUAUAAUACGAGUAUUGCUAGGUUACAAUUUUAAUUUUUAAAAAAGAAACUACUUUUUAUUAUUAUUGUGAAUUAAUAAAUUUAUUAUUUAGUAAUAAUGAGUAAUAAAUAUAUCACAACAUAUUUUAUUGAGUUAUUUUAACUGAACGUAAAAAAUGAGAAUAGUUUCUUUGAAACUCAUUUAUUUCAUAUAUUUAAUUAGCAUCUUUAUAAUACGGUGGUAAUAUUUACUAUGUUAUAGACUUUUCUUGAAGUGCCAACAAAUACUGUACCAAUUAUUUAAAUAAUCGCAUAAGUGACGCUCGAUGCUUAAAAUAAUCAUACAAAUAUUAAUUUUUAUCAAUAUUUUAGAAGAUACUGUAGUCUUUAAAUUUAUCUAUACGUACCUUACUUUUCUAGUUAUCUUGUUUAGGUAUCCUUUGCACCCUUUUAUAUACGAAAUAAAAAUUUGUAGCAACGUA